AUGUGUGCCGCGCCAUCCACAAGUGCGCCUGUCGCCAAACAUGCGUCGGACGCAUCGCCGAUUCGAAGCAUCCUCGAUACCGACUUGUACAAGCUCACAAUGCAACAAGCGGUGCUUCGUCACUACCCACACACUCGUGUCGCAUACAAGUUCACCAACCGCUCUGCAGCCACGAUGAAGUUCACACGUCAAGCCAUGGAUCGCAUCCGUAAUCACAUUGACAACCUUGUCCAUCUUUCGCUCAGCGCUCAAGAACGCGCUUGGCUCGAGCGAAGCUGUCCUUACCUUGGAAAGGACUACCUCGAUUACCUCGAGGCGUUUCGCUUCCAGCCAAAGCAGCAGGUGCAGCUCCGCUUUCUUCCCACGGGUGAGGAUGGGUGGGGCCAUCUCGAUCUAAACGUUUCGGGUGUGUGGUCAGACGUCAUCUUUUACGAGGUACCCUUGAUGGCGAUUGUAUCAGAGGUGUAUUUCAGCACGAUCGACACAGACUGGUCGUUGCAAGACCAGUAUCAACAGGCAUUUGACAAGGCUUGCAGGCUGACGUCGAAUGGCAUUCGAUAUUCCGAAUUCGGGACGAGGAGAAGACGAUCCUAUCAAACACACCGUAUUGUCCUGCAAGGGCUCAUGGCGGGCGACUUGUCUGCAAGCUCGGGAUGCUCCUCUGGGAAACUUCUGGGGACAUCCAACGUGCACUUUGCGCAACAAUUUGAUCUGGUCCCCAUUGGCACAGUGGCGCACGAAUGGACCAUGGCUAUUGCCGCGCUGCAAGGGUAUGCGCAUUCAAAUCUGAAAGCGCUGCAGCUGUGGGACGCUGUCUAUUCUGCACCGGACUUUGUCGCCAACAGUGCUACGCACGACCUCACCAUUGCGCUCACCGAUACAUUUUCCACCAACGUCUUCUGGAACGAUCUGCUGGAUAAUCCAUCUGGCAUCGAAAUCGCGCGUCGAUGGCGCGGCCUCCGUCAGGAUUCCGGUGACAGUAAAGCGUUUGCGCAAAAGGCACUUGACGCAUAUCGCUCGAUCGGCGUCGAUCCGAAAUCCAAAGUGGUCAUCUACUCGGACGGCCUAGACGUCGACCGAUGCCUCGAGCUCGCCGCUUACUCGAACCACAUCGGCAUCGGCGCCGCCUUCGGUAUCGGCACGUCCUUCACCAACGACUUCAUCCAGCUCUCCACCGCCCAAAAGAGCAAACCACUCAAUAUCGUCAUCAAGCUCGAUUCGGUCGAGCACAGACGCGUCGUCAAGAUCAGUGAUGACCUCACCAAAAACACGGGCGAUCCCACAGAGGUGCUCGCCGUCAAGAGGAGGUUUGGCAUUCCAACACCGUCGAGUGCCACGCCAGCUGAUGCAUCUGUGAUCAACCAUCUCGAUCCAGGAGCGCCACGUCCCGAGAUUCAGCUCGAAGACGCUUAG